GAUCGCCAUCGCCAUCUCCAUCUCCUGAUCCUCUCCUCUUUGUAUCAUCGCCGUAUCCUCAUUCGAUCUCGGGAAAUUACAUCUGUAUUAUCUCCUACCGGAAUCUCGCCUCGGUACCAAAUCCUCGAUUACGGAUCGGAGAGGGAUCGUCACCACCACCUCUCACCUCGCACCUCGCUAGGAGGAGGAUCACCGAUUAUCGACCAUCGCCAUCCGCCAUCGAAGCGAUCAGUAACAGGAGUAGUGUGAUCGGAGGAAUUGUUAUUUGAAGCUUGGGAUUAUACCCCGUAUACCACGAAGUCCAAUACCACACCACAGGCCACACGAUAUCUGCACUCUGCAGAUCGUUCCGAUAUAAUGUCUUCAUCAUCGAGGAACCCCUCGAGUUCACGGCCAUCUCAUAAUAGCAAUACUGCUACCGGAACCAUCAACCAUCCCAUCUCUGGUCCGAGUUCGGUUUCCCGAUCACCUCAGCUGAACUUGCAUUUGAAAGAAGAACCCGAACGUGGGAGUGGGCAUACGAAUAUCAAUGGGCACGGUCGGUAUACCCACAACGACAUCAAUAAUAAUAGCAACAAUAGUAACACCAAAAUCCACAACAAUAUCGACCUCAACCUGGAUACCUCGAGUCUAGGUGGACGGAGUAAAGAGAAUUCCGUUGCCCGGGAUGACAAUAAUAAUAGCAAGGAUAGCAAGGAGGGGUUGGGUUUAGGGGAUGAUGCGCCGAUUAAGAGGAAGAUCGCUUGUAUGGCUUGUCGGAAUAUCAAGCUCCGCUGCCUCUUCGCGCACCCCGACUCGGCCCCUCUAGACCCUUGCCGUCGAUGCAGCCGUCUUUCCCUAGACUGCAUCUAUAAACCGAAAAGACGCCCCGUCAAACCGGGUCAGGAGAGGGAGGAACAGCCGGUCUUGGGGAAGAACGGCAAGGUCAUGGUUGGGGAGGGUAAUGUGGCUUCGACGGGUGUUGGGGCGGGAGCGGGAGGGAAGAAGGGGAAGAAGAAGACCGGGACUGGGACCGUAGCUGGGAGUGCAGCUGGCAAUAGGAAUGGGAAUGGGAAUGGGACGGACCCAGCGCAGUCCCACAUACAGACACAACAGGCCUCGCGCUCCCUACCACCCAUCGGGCCUGGAGAGGAAGAUGGAGAAUCAGAUGACGGAUCCAACAUCUCAGGUUCAGGUUCGGGGUCUGGGGAUGAAGACGAAGACGAGAGCACGAAAACGACGGAUCGGAGCGGUGAAAGACCCGCUCGACCUGGUCCUCCGGUCCCAACGUUCAGCUGGUCCGACUUUGACACCUCUUCGGCUUCCCGUCCACGCUACACGCCACAACCACAACCGUCAUCUUCAAACUCACAUUCGCUUACCCAAACCCAAAAUCGGGGACACCAAACGGGGAUGAACCAUUUGAACAACCUGAACUUGGGAUCGGGAUUGAGCGAGAUAGACCCGGUCUUGACAAACUUUGCCAUGUCGCCCUUGGACCCUUCGUUGGCGCUCGGCCGUCUGGCUACUCCCGCCUCAGGCUCAAUAUCAGCCUCGGCAUCGGGAUCGGCCUCGGGUUCAGGAUCAGGGUCAGGCUCGAUGGGGUAUGGGUCUUCAGGGUUCGGACUCGAUCUCGGUAUGAACACGUUUCUACCUCCUCAUACGGCGGGAUCUAAUAUGCCAAGUAAGAACCAUAUCGGCAAUCCGCUGGAUCCCGGUCCGCUAGACAGAGGAGGAUAUAUCGGAGGUCCUAUCGGUUCGACCAACAACCAUAGCCAUGUUCGACUGGCUGGAGGCCCUGGAGUCAUGGGAGGGGGUAGCGGCAACGGCGAUGUCUCGGUCCCGCACGGAUCGACUCCCUCGAGCCGAGCUUACUCGCAGCACGAUCCGACGAGUUUCUCUCCCAAUUUGUUACCCCCUGGCCUGAACAACAACAGCAACUCGCAUGCGAGUGGAAGUGGAAGCGUAAACAACCGGCGACGAAGUAGCACGGCGGUCCGGACCACUGGGUCUCCGCCGCCGGGCGGGAAACAAAAGUACCCGAUGGCGCUGACGACCAUGCUCGAGGUCAUGUCGCACGACGCCAAGAACAGCGGACAGAUGUUGAUCGGAGGCACGCCUAUCAGCGCAGAGAGGGAGCGAAGGGAUGGGAGGCUGAUCGAACGGGAUUACGCUGCGACGAGGGAGCAGGAUCGAAGGGCGAGCGAAGACGAUCGGUAUGACGAUUCACCCCAUAGUCAUGGGUACGCGGCAUUGCAUCGCGAUUCGCAUCCAGGCAACAUGGCAUAUGGUGGGAUGGCGGAAAGGGACUCACGGCGACGGACGACCCUGGGCGGCGAGGAAGACGAUCCGACAUCGUUUGAGGAUUCCGCUCGGCCGCGUAAACGGAUGAGAUGGGACGAUCAGGUGCAGAUGGAAGCCAAUCGAAAACGUCACGAGGAGACGCAGACGGCGCAUUCGCGUGACAGCUUUCCCGAGCUGAAUGGGUUGCACGAGGAACAACCGUCGGAAGGGAUGGAGGAUCCCGUUUCACUCGGCUUGGUGGCUCCCAUCGACGUGCCGUACCUGUUCGAUCAAUAUCACUCGAGGUUGAACACCUACAUCGCCCUAUUGGACCCGGCGCACCAUACCCCAGAAUACUGUCUUCGGACCUCGCCGAUCUUGUUUACGGCCAUCCUAGCGGUCGCUGCCCAGAUUUACCUCCCGGAAAUCUAUAAACCUCUGAGGAAACGGGCGAACGACAUGCUCGGGAUCGCUUUCGCACGGGGAGACGCUCAUAUCGGGAUGUGUCAGGCUCUCAGCAUGUUGAGCGUAUGGAAAGAGGCCAACGACAAGUCUACCUGGUUGCGAGUCGGAUAUGCCAUCAGGGUCGCCCUCGAGCUGGGGCUCGAUAUACCGCGCAAGACACCCCUUCCCGAGGACGAAUUUCAGGCCAGAGAGAUUCUUAACGGAGAAAGGACGUUUAGGCAGCUGACAGCUUUUGACAGAACGAUGUUCCUGCUGCACGGACGUGGACACCGCAUGGUGCUUCCUGGAGCGAUACACUCCACUCGAGAAUGGUGUGAAGAUCAUCCCGAGAUCUACUGCUACGCCGAUGUCAUGCUAGGCUGCUCUUCGAUGCAUGGAGACCUCUCCGAACUCUUGAAUACGAUCAAGCUCAACCCGGACCCGAUGGCCACGCCGUCCCAAGGGAUGAGUUUCAAAUAUAUCCUACACAACGCCAGCAGAGAGCAUCAGACGUGGCAGGACCUGUGGUUUGGGCCUAAUCCUCCUGGCGAGUUGCACCCAAUCUCCAGGGCCAUCUGUUUCUUUUACGGGAUAAAUUUCCGAUUUGAAUACGAAGAGUUCAAUCGUCGCUUUCUGCCGUACCACGAGAAUAUCCGCUCGCUCGCGCGGACCAUCUCGCUCGCAGUGCAGAUGCUCAGGUACAUCAUAACCGACCUCAGUCCUCACGAGGUUAUCCUGUUUGCGCCGGAUAUCAUCACCUUUCGUGCAGCACAGGCUGGAGUCUUUCUCGCGAGGCACAUGAACAGGAUGGAUCCUUCGACGCUUGAACAAGUCCAGAUGGUCUUCCGGGAUAUGGCACGGGAGUGCAAGCGAUUUGCUCGUGGGCAAAAUACGGCGUUCUAUCAAGCCAAGUUCUUCGCCAGCUUGCUACGCAUCUCGUCGGUGGCGCCGACAAGAGUCGCCACUCGCGAGAACACGCCCAAUCCUGGACGCACCGAGAUCGCGGCGGAUGACCUCGCGGCCCGGCUUCACCAAGCCGGCAACCAGGUGCCAGAUUUCUCACUCGACCUUGACUUGGUCGGAUUCGACGACUCGCUCACUAUCGACGCUCUCUUGCAAGAAUCGCAUGACUGGUUCUCCGUCGAUCUUCUCUCGCACAUGAAUGACCCGUACUGGAACCCUCCGCCCGUGAUCACGGGUUAUGACCAACCUCAGAACAUGACAACGAGCCCAUGAACUGCGAAGAUGAACAUAACAUGAAAUGCAAUUUUCAUCGUUUCCUUUCUUCCUUCUUCUCGGCCGGGGAUCACACUGAAAUGCUUGAUGAACGAAAGUCGUUAUCGAUUUUGACGACGCGAGGCGUUGCCGGACAAGACAGA